GGCGGAAAUUGGAAUUUCUGACAUGAGUUAAAAUGUUUAACCGGAUAGGAGUUGAAAGAUAAGAGGCUCAAUGUUUUGGGAUGUUCACUUACAGUUACUUACUUGCCUGACCCUAAAAAUUUCCCAAAUGGCACUGUACUUUGAUUAAUGGGUCAUUAUGGAGAACAGAUUUAUGCCGAAGAACUCAGAGUGGAGUUCCCGAUCAGGCGUUCUCCUUAAUAUGGUGAACAGUUGUCAGCCACAGAGCAACACUUACCCAGAGGAUGUGGAAAUCCAGUAUCAGUCACCAAAGGGAGGCCAUUCAAAGAUGGCAAGGAGAAAUUAUCCUGUUAAUCCUGAGCCUGGAGACAGUUCUGCAUACUCUGUUGUGAACGGUAAUCCACUGCUUGGGGCAAAUCUACCCAGUCAUAUGUUCAUGCAUGCUGUAAACUUUGAGACUCUAAGGGAUGAUGAUAUUACUGAGAAAGAGAAAGAGUCAGAGUCAUACACAGACCAAGGUUCAACUAUCCAUAACGGCUCCUUAAAUUUAUCGGACGCACAAGCUGAUUUAAUGGAGCAGCAGCAGGCCAUCGAACAGGCUAAACUUCUGAAGCGGUUUAAGGAGCUGAGGGAGUGGCAGCUACAACAACAACAGCUGCUGAUGCUUCAGCAACAGAGUCAGCUGAUGGCCCUGAAGAGUGAACAGAACCGGGUACAGGAGAUGAUCUCUAAACAACGACAAAGCCAGUGGGGAGGAAAAGUGACAAUGGCACCAGACCCAUCUCCCUUUAUCAGCCCACGUAAAAGGACUGUGAAGCCAGCAGGGAUAGCCCAGGCCUUAGCCGGGGGUGUGGUUAACAGAUACCAGCAGGUUCAUGGGGUAACAGAAAGAGGGGAUCAUGAAGUACAUCAAUUUCAGGCACAGAGAGGUCUUCCCAAGCCCCAUAUUCCUGACACAGACUCAGAAGGAGGCUGUAAUACAAACCCAGAACUCUAUAGCAACCCUGGCUCUAUUGACAGCCAUGAUUCUGCAGAGUUACAUCCCUUACAAGUCUUACCAGCUGAUGAUGAUGAUGAUAGUGAUUAUAGUCUGGGUGAACCAGUCCACAUGUACAAUGAUCCUGGUCACCUGCGCAAUGGUACAACAUACAACCCACAACUGCAUGUUGAACCAGCACAAGUGUACCACUCACAACUCCAGGGGGAUCAGGGGCAUCAGGAGACUGCACCUAUGCCUAGGUCACAGAGGUCACCAAGGGAGAUAACUGUGAACAGACUUGCCAAAAGUGAAGGUUAUGAGCUGGAAGCAGAUGAGGGUACAGGCUCUCAGUCUUUCUACUCCUCACCUGUAGCUGCUCAGCCUGAGAGGCCCCCACCUGAGUAUUCCCCUGGGAUAGGGCAUGAGGCCAGGCAUGGAGAGGACUCUUCCUUACGAGGGGAUGAUGAUCAUCAUGAGGAGGCUUCUUUUUCCAACCAAGAUCUGGAUGAUAGACCUGUAGCAUCAGCAGUGGGGGGGAAGAAGACAUUUGAGGAACUGUUAGAGGAGCAGUUGAGGGCAGAAGAAAAGAAGUCUCAAAAAUCUCCCAGAUCUCCAGAAAAACCUGUCAAGCGACCUUUCCUUCGUAGAGGUCAAGGGUUAGAAAGGUUUAAAGGUCCUCCUCAAAAGAAAAAGACCCCUGUCCCUGCAAAGUCAUCCACCACAAACAAGAAAACUGAAGUGCCUAAAAGAACUGUGACUACAGCCAAGGCUUCAGUUGCCUCAGGGUCGAAAGGACAGAAAAACAACAGCAGCAACAAGCCUGCCAGUGCUAAGGCAGAUACAAAAAAAGAGGACUUGAAUGAAGGAAAGUCUUUCAAGAAGCCCGGUCUGGCUCCAAAGACCAUACAAGAACUCCCUGGAUUGCCUCAGAAGUCCCUAAAGUUAAAGCCCUUGGCUCAGAAAUCUUCUGUGUCAUGUGACAAAAAACUAGACCUGACAAAAAAGCAAGCAGUGACCUCUGAAGAUCAAACUGACCUUGGUUCUAAACCUGGCAAAUCAACAGGAUCGGAGAUGAAGAGAGGGGAGAUUUCUUCACAGUCACAGCCAACACAGCAAAAUGGGAAGUACAGUAAAGUGGAUGCAUCUUUCUUGUCACAUUUAGAGAAAAUGCAGGAAAAUUCAGAGGUGGAAGAAGAAGACUUGGAGGAGUUUGAAAUGUUGGAACAUUUUGCUGACAAUGCAUCUUUCUCAAGUAAUUCCUCAUUAGUAGUCAAAGUGCUUCAGAAGGACAGGUGGAAGGCAGCCCAGUUACAGGGCAGUGUCCUCCCCGCACAUCAGGCACCAUUGUAUUACAUGGAAGACCACAGGAGAUUCUUUGCCCCUCCGCAGGCUGGACACGGACAGACUGCAGAAACUACAGCUAAGAACGUGGAAGAUAACUCGCCAGAUGUUGUUCUUCUUGAUAGUAGUGAUAGUGACAGCUCUAGUUCUGACAGCUCUGAUACAGAGACAGAGGACAAUGAUUUGUUAUCUACAAUAAAGCAGCGAGAUCUAGUGUCAGAAGGCAUGAAUCUCUCUAGUCAAGCAAACGUAGAAAAAUGUGAUGCAGGAUUGCAGAUGGAAAAUGUUCCAGACGUUCAUCAGAAAAACACAGAGUCAGAGUUUUACUGGAACUCCAAAAAUGAAUCUGAUUCGGAAUUAUCUGAUAAGGAAUAUAGCUAUGACAGGUUGUCUGAGAAAUCAGAAGUCACGAAAUCGCCAGUAAAGAGGAAAAUAGCGGGAAGAGACUAUUCUAGUGCUAGAUUGGCAAAGUCAGCCAUUAACAGUGCUUCCAUGACAGAGGACAUUCCAGGCUACAAACUGUCAAAAGAAAAUAUAAUGAACAGCCAUGACAGUGAUGAGGUUCUGUCGCGCUCUCCUGAAGAGGAGGUAGAAAAAUCACAGCCUAGUAAGAGCCAGUCAGUUGACAGAAAUGCAAACAACCCCGGUGAAUCAACGGGAAAUUCCAAAGAAGAGGAUUCUGGGAAGGAUGAGGCAAAGAAAUUGUGUGAGGAUGAGUUUGAUGAUGGGGAAGAAUGGGGAGAACAGAGUUUGAAAGACGCAAAACAUGACGGGUUGAGCUCUUCUGAGGAGAGUGAGGGUAAUGACACACUGAUAGAGGACCAAGGGGCAGGAAGACAGACCAAGGCUAACUCAGGUUCUUCCCCAAAGAGAUCUGGGGCUACAGAUCUCUCCUCCCCCGGCAAACCAUCCCCUCCCCCUACGUCCAAGCUCAUCACUAAGCUCUUCCCCAAACUGCGGCCCCAGAAACCCUCACCAAAACAGCAGGAGCAGCAGGAGAAGCUGCAGGCGGCACGGGAGGCUCCCAUGAAUGAUGGCAUACAGUCUAAGGUACUGAGAGACAAGCUGGCAGAGUUGGAGACGGAGAUCAACAAGUUCCGUGCGGAGAAUGCAAAUCUGGAAAGACUGAGGAAGGAACGAGAGGAGGGGUUGUCAAAACUGAAGAAAGAAAUAGAAGAUUUUGAGAAAGAGAAGAAUGAAGAACUCCAGAGAUUGAAUGAGUUUAAGACACAGGAAAUGAAGAAACUCAAGCAUGAGAAGAAGGUGUUUGAGAAAUAUCAGAAAGCUGCCCGAGCUGUCCCAGACAAGAAAGAGAGGGAGGAAAUUGAGACUUUAAGGUCACAGUUAUCCGACCUCCAGGAGGAACUGAAGAGAAAGGAAUCUCGCUGGUCAUCCAACACGAGCCGUCUGAAGAGUCGGCUAGAGGAAGUAGAACAAGAGAAUAGUGAACUCAAGGAGGAGAUCAAACUUCUGGAGAAGAAACGUCUAGAGUGGCUACAGAAGGAACAGGCCAACAAGGCCACAGAGCGGUUCUUCUCCCAGGCGUCUGCCCCUCCCUCCAGAUCUACUCCUGCCCUGGGCUCAGCCUCUAACUCUGUCACUAAUGGCUUUGGUUUUAUCAACACGGACUCUGAAGAGGAAGUAGAUCCGGUCAGAGACGAGAAGAAAAAGGUGUCCAGAAAUCCUCCAUCUCACAUAUCCAAAACUGAUGGCAAGAAACCUGGUCAAGUCACCAAUCAGAAGCCAGACCGGCCCAACUCAGCCAAUCACCAAAGACCAAAGAGUGGCAAGCCAGUCUCAACUAAUCACAAAUCAGAUAAAUUGAAUUCCCCGUCCAAAUCAACCAGUCACAAGAGGAGUCAUUCAGAAAGGCCAGGCAAUAACAUGAGGACAUCGCUGACAGAAGAUGUUCCCAGAAGGCAGAUCACAGCCGAGGCCCUCCCACAGCUUGUGUCUGAAGUGCCGAGUGUGUCAGAGUUUGAGCACCGGGUCCCGCCGCAUUCACGCAAAAUGGCUGCCCGUUUUGACAUUGACAAAUCCUCAAUAGAUAAAGGCGUGGAUUACGAGGAAAUUCAGCAUCCAGAUGGAAAACUGGAGCGGAUUUUUAACACAGGUGCGAGGGAGAUUCUAUUUUCUAACGGGACCCGGAAAGAGAUUUCCUCUGACGGCCAGUCCAUCAUCGUCAGUUUCUUCAAUGGCGAUGUCAAACAGAUCAUGGCUGACCAACGAGUGGUGUAUUACUACUCAGAGGCCCAGACAACCCACUCCACCUACCCUGACGGUCUGGAGAUACUACAGUUCCCCAAUAACCAGGUAGAGAAGCAUUACCCUGACGGCACUAAGGAGAUUACCUUCCCAGACCAGACUGUCAAGUACCUAUUCCCCAGCGGGGUAGAGGAGAGCGUCUUUACAGAUGGUACAGUGAUACGUGUGGAGAAGUCUGGGGACAAGACUAUAGAGUUCCCUAAUGGACAGAGGGAGAUUCACACUCAGCAAUUCAAGAAACGUGAGUACCCAGAUGGCACGGUUAAAACAGUGUUCCCCGACGGGCGACAGGAAACGCGCUACUCAAACGGACGGAUUCGGGUGAAAGACAAAGAAGGCAACGUUGUCAUGGAUAAACGCUCAUAACCCCUGAGCAUUCAGAUACUUUCUAACUCUGAGAUUAAGUCAUCUCUUAAGUCAUGUCGGGCCUGUUCAAAAUAUGAAGUGGACAGUAAAUUAACUAAUGCUGUCCCAAUGAACGUUCAUUGUUACACAAACACUUUUAGGGAAUAUUGAAAUUCUCGAUAUACAUGUACAUAUAUGAAUUCCAAGAUUCCCCCACCUCUACUGACCUGUUCUAUUGGCCUCUGUGGCAGUAAGUGGUCAGCAGUAGUUAUUCAGCCAUUCAUGUCAUGUUACACCAAGUUCCUUGGACACAUGACUUACUCAUGUGUCACUUGGAGGAAAGUUCAUCAGUUACUUCCCAAAGCUGAGUAAUUUACCCCCCCCCCUCCCCCCUCCCCCCUCAUAAAACAGACUGCCCUCGUGUGGGUGAAAAGUUCUCGCGUACUACAUGAAACACCAAUCAGAUAAAUAUGAAACUGUUAUUCCUAUGUUUUUGUGCUGAUGGUGUAAGCAGAGAAAUCUGUCUGUUUUCUCUGUGUGAUGCUGAGUGGCCAUUGGCAGAAUUUAAAAUGAGUUAACUGAAGAAAUUCAUUGUUUGCUCAAAAAGCUCACAUUUUUGUAUGAAACUUUGAUCGGAAUACAAGAUCGCUUAUUUUUGUAAUGAUUCUUUUUCAGAUAGUGAUUUAUGGUAAUUUGUGGAUAAUGGUGCUGUAUGUUUGAAAACGAAAACCAUUGUAAACUGUCUAUGAUGAUUUAUUUUGGUCACAGUCUACAAAAUCAAUGUAAUUUAGUUACUUUUUUAAAGUUGUUUUUUAAGUUUUAAUUUGGAACAUUUUAUUUCACAUUUGUGUAUACCUUUGUUCUUAAUACAAAUCAAAAUGAUCCAAAACCUCCCCAUGAAGAUGUUGGUGUUGAUUAUAAACAUCCGUAACAAUCUGAUUGCUCCGUCCCUAUUACCAAAGUGCCUCCUUUUUUAUACAACUUACAUGGCGUUAACUUUGGACCUAAAGUAGCACGUUCGACCACCAAUAUGAUAUAUACCAGUCAUUUGUGCUUAAAUUCCCACUGAUCUUAAAUACAUAUAUACUAGUAUUGUUUUCAGUAUCAGAAAUGAUGUCAAAAAUGUUUUCGCCAACAUUUUCACUGAUUUUGUUAUAAGUUGUUUCAGAAAAAGGUCUGAUUUUCAGAGCUGAUGUUUUCCUUGACAUUGAUAGAGCAUACAGUUUUUCCUGUUUUAGUGGUUUUGUCAUAAUGUCAGAAAAGGCAUCAAAAAAAUUACAUGUUCCAAGACAACUGAAGCGUCAUUUAAUCUAUAUGCAUCUGUCUCAUAAUGUUUAAUAGAUAUUUACGGUGAACAUCUUAGUUCUUAAAACAUUUUAGUCGCCUGAGCAACCAGUAUUUUAAAACGUUCUGAGAGAACGAUUGGGUGUAGAGAAAUAAUUUGCACAGUUUUAGAAAGCUUGCAGCUUCGGUGACACAAACAAAUCAUUUUAGCCUCAUUUUCAUAAUAAUCGUAUGGAUAAAUUUCGAAAAGGUUGAAGAAUUACAGUACGUCAGUUCUGCCGAUAUACACAGUGCAUUUCACUUGUUUUAUGUCUUCUACUGAAUUCCAAUAUUCUCAGCAGACUAGUGCACAGCACGCCCCUUGUGAUGUUGGAAUUAAUGAAUUUCUGCAAUUUAGAUUUCAUAAUUAGUCGAAGUACAUUUUAUACAUGGAUUUGUAAUGAAAUUUGAUUAUUUAUACUUGUAUAGUUCAUCACUUUUUUCUUUAUUUUUAUUGAUCUGGAUUUGGUUUAUUUUAGCAAGUAUGGUAAGCAGUAUAAUAGAAUUGCAUGGCUCCUAAAAGAUCUGCAUAUGUUCAAGUAUGUGCGUAUAUCUGUUGUAAUUUUCCUAGUUUGACCUCAUACCUUAGGGAUCAUCAUCAAACCGAGUUAGAUCUAAUGUACUGUUGAACAUUUCAGCAAAUUUUCAUUUUCCUGAAACACUCUGAUACCCAUUUUGCUUGGAAAGUUAGUGACUUUGUCUUGAACCACAUGUCAAAUGCCCUGGCUCUGAACAUUAAAUCAGAAACAAAUUUGAGGGGGAAAAAAAGCUCCAAAAAUCUUGGGAAAAAACAAAGGUCACAUCAGUGUUGCAACAACUAAUAGCAGUAAUCCAGAUGAGAGUUUUAUCCACCCAUGUUCUUACAGACAGAGGGUCAGCUAUUCCAUUUCCCUCCCUCUCCUGGAUGUGGCAUGGGUAAAUCAGAAUUAUAUUAACAUUGGCCUCUGGUUCUCAUGUCAUUAGCUGAUGUCUUCUUUGUGUUCUAACAUGUGAAUUUCAACCAGGAAAUCUACGCAAGACAUUUUACGAACCUCUCUAAAAAGCUAAACUGAGUUUAGGUAUGAUUUACAAGCAUAGCAGCUGAUUUCCACACUGUCCCAAAGUACUCUGAAGGUCUUUGUAGUAUGUUGUCUAGAAUGAGUAGGUAAACUCUCCCUGGCAUUAAAUUAUAACACUUUAUUUUCUGGCAACGAAAACCACAUCACAUUGUAUACAUUGAUCUGGAUGUGGAUGAUAUGUCAAAUACAGGUAUAUACUGUACAUUGUAACAAAUCAUAUACAUGUAACAAAACACAGGUAUAUACUGUACAUUGUAACAAAUCAUAUACAUGUAACAAAAUACAGGUAUAUACUGCACACUGUCACAAAUCAUAUACAUGUAACAAAGGUCAUGGGGAAGGGGUCAGCUCUCCAGUUAACCUACAUGUAUAUGAAGCAUGUCACCUAAUUCCUUGGUUCACAUGUUCAGAAAUGAACAAUAUUCAGUUCUAUUCCAGUUGGGUUAAUAUCUUCCUUAAGUCCCAGACUAUAAGUUUGAACUUUAGAAAGUAAGUAUCAUUAAUUUUCAGCCACUGUUCUAGCAGAUUUGGGGUAUUCGUUUUGACAGCAAUAAAAUGUAGAUGUACUUCAGCACAUUUGCUGCUGCCGACUUCAUUCUUAACCUAGAUGUGCUGCAAAGUAUACGAGUGCUCCAUCACAAGCCUGUACAUGAAUGUAGUCAAAUGUGUACGAGAUUUUGUACUAGCCGCUGAUAUUAGUUGAAUGAUUUCUGCUCAUUUAACAGUUGUCUCAUUUCAGAUCUGAUGUGUAUAUCCUAUGGAGUGUAAAUUCCUGCUUUAUUUAUUGCCCUGCCAUGUCUAAUUGUACAGCUGUAUAACACUCAGUAAACUGCGUUGUUUAGCUCAGACCUCA